CGUGGUGGUGUAGCUCCAGCCUCCAGGCCUAUACAUAAGUCAGACAGGGAGGAGGAGGACCGGAAGGAGGGAGCGAGGGAGGGAGGAGAAAAAGCGAAACUUUGGUUCCUUCCUUGCACCGUCUCCGUCGUCGUCGAUCUUCCUCCUCGCGGCAGGAGCAGAGCUAGCUACCCGGUGGAGAUGGGCGGCGGCGGCGGCGGCAGGAACGGUGCUGUGAGGCAGUACAUCAGGUCCAAGGUGCCGAGGCUGAGGUGGACGGCGGAGCUCCACUGCAGCUUCGUGCAAGCCAUAGAAUUCCUCGGUGGCCAAGACAAGGCUACACCUAAGCUCAUUCUUCAGCUCAUGGGGGUAAAGGGGCUGACCAUAUCUCAUGUCAAGAGCCACCUCCAGAUGUACAGAUGCUCCAGGCUUGGCUCGCAUGCCACGGGAAGGAGAUCAGAGAUGCAACCACAACUACAAAGGAAGCACUCAUGUGCUGCUGAUGAGCAAGUCCCCAAAGAAUUCCUGAGCCCCCCUCUGAAAAGGACCAGGAUGGGGACAGAAGCCACAUACAAAGGCAUGCAAGGAAGCCAAGGAAUCAGUGAGAUGAGGACUACUGGCACCCAGUACUGCAUUGAUGAUUACAUGCAAGCCAUGGCAAUGGAGAGGAGAAUAAAGGAGGAGGGCCUCAGAUGGCAGCAGAGGGAUGCUGCUGCUGCUGCUGCAGAUGGUGGUGCUGCUGCUUCCAACCUCCAAACCGUGGGAUGUUCGGUGCAAGAAUCUGACCCCUUUAAGAUCAUCAAACCAGAAGUGCACCGUCUUGGUACUGUGGUGAAGCUGCGGUGCUCCAAGCCGGAGAGCACCGGAUUCGCCUCCAGCAGCAUCAGCACGGCUGCAAGGGAUCGGCAGGAGGAGUCCCCGGAGAAAUGCUCGCUGUCGCUCUGCCUUGGUCCAGACCCCAGAUGCAUGCCGGCGAUCGCCUCGUCGCCGAGCGAGAGCAGCUGCAUCAUCUCGUCGUCGUCGUCCAGGAGCUUCAGCGACUGCUCCGGGAACUCUGGCUGUUUUGUUGCUCCUGGUGUGAACUUGGAACUCUCCAUGUCCAUCUGUGGAUCUUAAGACCUCUGGGGCUCUGGUUUCCAGUAAUCCAGGUUUUGUACAUCGAUUAGUCUCACAUGUUGGUUUCAUCACCUGCUUCAGUGUUGAUACGGUGAUACAUCUGGUCGUGUUAGGAAGUUAGCCAAUGGCAAGAUGUCAGAGUAGGGCCUUGAGUAUGCAGGGCAACGAUCCUAAUUAGCAGUCCACUUCAAGUACGUGUACACAGUAUAAGUGGUAAAGUUCUCUAGCUCCAUUCAGAGUAUCACUGUCCCACUGUUGCUUUCAGGCUUGAGCACCAAAGAACAGAAAAAAGAAAGGCGAGAUUCUUGCCGCCUCAAACAUCUUUUCCUUUGCCUCCUUUUGUUGAUCGUGUCAAAGAUAGCUUUCCAGAGUAGGGCUCGGCAAUGGCAACAUCAAGCUUCUUCUCUCUGUGGAUCAUAAACUUUAGCCAAGUCUAAAGAGAGGAUACCUUGUUAUUCCUUGGCUGCUUGCAAGUCAAAAGGAAAGAAAGCGAGAAAAAUAUACAGGAAACCUCACAAGGCCAUGUACUAGCAGUAGAGUAGUAGAGUGCUGCUG